AUUCGAUGUGCCAUAGAAAUUGGGUCGAUUCGGCAAUCCUCCCGUCGUCCAUUGCCGAGGACGCAAGAAACACAGAAGAAAUUCCUUUCAACGUCUCAAUUUCCAGAAUCUGAAACAGCACAACAGGAAGAUCAUGGAGCAAGGAGACGAGGAAGAGAACUUACAGCAAACCGCCGCUCACAAAAAGAUGAAGACUAUUAUCAAGAUAUCCUCUUAUCAAGAAGUAAUCGACAGCUCACAGCCGAAGUCUCAAUCCUUCUCCCAAGCCUUUGCGUUCCUCAAAUCCACUGAGUUUUACUCACCUCCUCCUCAACCAGUCCCUGCCUCCUCCUCUCAAUCAUUGCCGGAUUCUGAUAUCACAAACCCUAGAAAAAAUGAUCAAUUAGACACUUCAUGUUCUUCAACAUCAGCUUCUGCAGCUACUCCAGCUAAUAGCUUGUCGGCGUCCAGCUCUGUUACUCGCAAUGCCAUUCUUGUCAGCAAUAGACAGAGGGGAAAUCCACUUCUCAAACACAUUAGGAAUGUGAGAUGGACUUUUGCUGAUGUUGUACCGGAUUACUUACUCGGGCGGAGCUCUUGUGCUCUCUAUCUAAGUCUUCGGUAUCAUCUACUGCAUCCGGACUAUCUAUACUACCGUAUAAGAGAACUACAAAAGAAUUUCAAGCUUCGAGUCGUAUUGUGUCAUGUCGAUGUGGAAGAUGUUGUCAAGCCUUUGCUUGAAGUCACCAAAACAGCUCUACUUCACGAUUGUACCCUUCUUUGUGCUUGGAGUUUGGAGGAGUGUGGUCGUUACUUGGAGACUAUAAAAGUUUACGAAAACAAGCCCGCAGAUCUUAUUCAAGGUCAGAUGGACACUGACUACCUCUCUCGGCUAACUCAUGUCCUAACAUCAGUUCGGCAUGUUAACAAGACUGAUGUGGUUACCCUCGGGACGACAUUUGGGUCUCUGUCUCAUGUCAUGGAUGCAUCAAUGGAAGAUCUAGCUCGUUGCCCUGGCAUAGGUGAACGCAAGGUAAGGCGGCUGUACGACACUUUUCAUGAGCCAUUCAAGCGCGUUGUUUCAACCCAUCCUGCCGUUCUAGAAACCCCAACCCAGAAUAAUACCGAACCUCGCUUGGUUGGUGAAGAACAAGAUGUGGAUGGGAAGAGCACAGAAGAUGCUAGCCAACACAAAAAAGAACCUGAAUUGAACAUCAAAUCAGCUCUGUCUGCUGCUUUUGCCAAAUAUUCUGCUAAAAUUGGUAAAAGUAGUAAGCCAGAAGGAGAGGAAAAAGAGCAUGAAAAUAGCAACUCGCAGUGAUGUUCACAAGCUGUAGAACUGACGGUUUGCUUGUUCAUGCUACUGUAGAGAGUAUGAUCACUUGCUACAUCCUUCAGAACACAACCCGAACGUGCUCGUGUGCUCGUGUUCUAUUUACGAAUGCAGCUUUGCUGUCGGAUGAAACGCAAGACUGGAAGUGAUAAAUUUUCGGGUACUCGGUUUGCAGUAGUCGGAAAUCGACGUGUAAAUUAUAUUUUCUUCUCUUCAUUGUUUGUAGCUGUAUCUUUUCCUGGACUAAUGACAACUAAGAUCUAUAAUAAGCAUGGUCUUUUUAGA